UCAUUUGCUUUAUUUCGUCCGUUCGAGCUACAAGUGGCAUUGCGAUCCAUCCCUUAAAAGAUUGCCGCUUUGGCUUGCUAAAACAUGUUAUUUUAUACAUUAGGAAAGCUUCUCGAAGUGCGAAUUCAAAUAGGAAUUAUCCUAGCCGUUUUCUUUGCAUAUUGCAUCAAAAAACUUUUUCCCAAAAACGAAACGAGCAAAUGGAAGUCUCCGUUCGCAGAAGACUCAAGAACUCCUCUAACGUCGUUGAUAACUGACCAUGCCAAACGCGAUGAAACCAUGAAAAAAGCUUUCACCAAGAAACUGGCCAACGAAAAGAAAUGGGACGCUAUCGUUAUUGGUUCAGGAAUCGGAGGUUUGUCCGCCGCAGCGCUACUCAGCAAAGCUGGCAUGAAAGUUCUCGUUCUUGAAAAGCAUUACAAGUGCGGAGGUGCUUGCCAUACCUUUAUGGAAAACGGUUACGAAUUCGAUGUUGGAAUACACUAUGUCGGCAAUUUCAUCCGCCCAACACUCAUUCGAACUUUACUGGAACAAAUCAGCGAUGGGAAGAUCAAGUUUGCUGAAUUAGAUACCAACGUAGACCGCUUGAUAGUAGACGCCAUGUCACCGUCGCAGCGAGAAUACAACAUUUCUUCCGGUCCCGAUGCUUUCGAAAACCAACUGAUUAAGCAAUUUCCUGACGAAGCCCAAGGGAUCAAAGAAUACUUCCGUUUGCUUAAAAGAGGAUACCAACCUCAAGCAUCUAUGUCGUUUUCUGCAGUCAAAUUAUUACCACUCUGGUUCAAUAAUUUACUCCAGUUCUUUGGUCUGCCACGUUUGCUGAGCGAUUUCUAUGGACUGAACAAACGCUCUCUAAAAGAGAUCAUCGAAAGUCACGUAAAGAACGAAGACUUACGGUAUCUGUUAUCCUAUCAAGCAAACGUACUUUUCGUACCUCCCAGUCGCGUUAGCGUCCCCAUGAUAGCUAUGCUUCACAUCCAUUUAUGCGAAUUCGGAUCGUGCUACCCAGUUGGCGGAGCUUCAGAGAUGCCAUAUCGAAUUAUGCCAGUCAUUGAGCGAUCAGGUGGUCGAGUUCUAAUGAAGGCUAACGUUUCCCAGAUCCUGACUGAAGGAGGCAAAGUAGUAGGUGUACGAGUCGACAACAGGGAAAACUCAAUGGUUGAUAUUUACGCCCCCAUUGUUAUUUCGGAUGCAGGUAUGCACAAUACUCUGCUGGACCUUCUUCCGGAGAGGGUGGCAAAAACGUCACCUGCCUGGCCAUUAAUGAAGACUAUCAGGCCAUCGUAUGGGAACGUAAGUGUCUUCAUAGGGCUCCGAGGUACACCAGAGAAAUUAGGGCUCACUGCGCAGAAUAUUUGGGCACACGCCGGCUCCGAUCUGGAAGAAGUAAUGACUCGAAUAUUCAAAACAACUCUUCCAGACGCACUGGAAAAACCUUAUCCAUCUCUUUUCCUUUCAUCUUCAGCUGCCAAAGAUCCUUCUUGGAAAGAUCGCUAUCCAGAUCGUAGUACGUUAUCGGUUUUAGCGUUUGCCCCAUAUACUUGGUUUUCUCAAUGGUCCGGGCUACCGACAAAAAAGCGAGGCGAUGAUUACAAUACUACGAAAAAUGCUCUCGGACAACAUAUCGUUGAUCAAGUGACUACUCUCUUUCCCAAGUUGAAGAAUGCCAUAGACUACGUUAGUGUCGGUAGCCCGGUUACCAUGGAGCACUACUUAGUUACUAAACAAGGAGGCACAUACAACAUGGAACACGACAUCAAUCGUUUUGGGGCAGAACAAGCUGCGCUAUUGCGACCUGAAUCCGGCAUUGAAGGAUUGUACUUCACCGGUCAGGAUGUGACAUCAUGCGGAUUUGCAUCUUGCUUGUACAGCGGCUUCCUCUGUGCCAGCGUAGUUUUGAAGAAAAGAUACCUUCUUUCAUGGGAACUCUUUAAUCUACAUAGGAAACUAUAUGGCAUGCCUAAAGACAUAAACGACUUGUUUUUAUAACGCUCAAGUUUUGUAAAAUUUUGGGUAUUCAGCGAUUUUUUUCCGGCAAUAAUAAAAGGUUUUGAAGCUA